GAAAUGUCGGAUGAGAUUGACUCGGAUUUUGACGAAGAAGCGCAUGAGAAACUGCUGGACACAAUCAACAAAUUGGGUGACAAUAGCAGUACAAGGAAGAAACCGUUGAUUAGAAAAUGCAGUGAAAAAGUCCGAGCUCACGAAUUGGUCGAUCUUAUCCAGUCCACAAAGUUUGUUUUUUAUGCGUUUUUGCAUAAAUCAGAAUUUCACCCAAACCUUAUAUAUGAAUCUUAUAUAUAUAUAUGUGUAUAUAUAUAUACAUAUAUAUAUAAGGGUUUGUCUACCUGCUACUAUGAUUUAAUACUAGAACUAGGAAACCUGAGCCUCGAGGUCAGACACGAAGUUGACCCUCGCCGGGUACUUCGGUCUGAGUUCAUUCUUGGUUAG